AGCUUUCUCUCUCCCACUCCCACUAGUAUUCAGGCAGAGCGUAUACAAAACUCCAACGUCGCUUGUUCUACGUAGCCCUCAGAAACUUGGGACAAGAAAAGUUUUUGGCAAACAGGUCGUGCAUGGAUAGGCGUUUAAAGGCCGACCAAAGAGAACAUCUCUUAUUUUGUCUAGGAUACUUGUCAUCACCAUUCAUUUUAACUCUGAAAUGCGGACUUGACAGAGAGCCUGGAUUGCGUCCAGCUUUGAAGUAGUACUUUUCCGGCUGAUUAUCUUUCUUGGACAAGUUUCUUAGAGGAACGGCUUUAGCGGUGUAAGAAAGGAUCUGCAAGAGGACAGCACUUCUAAAGAGACAUAACCAGAGAGAAGCUUUAUUCACGACCAGGCCACUUGUCAAUUUCAAGGAAGAGCAUUUUAAUCUGAAUUUUGUUUCAUCAUAAAUUUCGUUGCUUCGAACAUCUGACGUUGAAGUUAUGGCGAAGAAAUACGACUUCCUCUUUAAAUUAUUACUCAUAGGAGAUAGUGGAGUUGGGAAAACCUGCCUCAUCAUCCGAUUUGCUGAAGAUAAUUUCAAUUCAACAUACAUAUCGACAAUCGGCAUUGACUUCAAAGUAAAGACCAUAGAUGUGGAUGGAAAAAAAGUCAAACUGCAAGUGUGGGACACAGCGGGACAAGAGAGGUUUAAGACCAUAACCACAGCCUACUACAGAGGAGCGAUGGGCAUCAUCCUGGUCUAUGACAUCACUGACGAGAAAUCUUACGAGAACAUUCAGAACUGGAUGAAGAGCAUCAAAGAGAAUGCAUCAGCAGGGGUGAGCCGCAUGCUGCUGGGCAACAAGUGUGAUAUUGAGGCCAAGCGGAAGGUGUCCAAGGAAGUGGGCGAAAAACUGGCGAAGGAUCAUGGGAUUCGGUUCUUUGAGACAAGUGCCAAGGCCAGCAUUAAUGUGGAGGAGUCCUUUCUUUCACUGGCUCGUGACAUUUUGCUGAAGUCAAGCAAGAAACCGGGACCAACAGGAAGGGAGGUGAAGUUGACAACGCCAGAAGCCAAAACCAAGUCCUCCUCCAAGUGCCUACUCAUUUAAAAGACCGAGAGAUGGACAGAGAGAGGGAGAGAGCGAGGGGGUGGAAGAUGAUGAUAAGUUGAAGAAUGAAAGGAGAUGGAAGGAGAUGGGGAAGAGAAAGUCCUGAGAGAGUAGGAGUGCGUGUAUAUCUGGCCUGGUGCAGGCUUUGGUUGCAGGGCCUGUUCUGCAGUGGAUAACAUUGUCUGGAUUACUGCCAAUUUUUUGAUGAAUGCUGUGUAACAUUCCAAGUCACAUCCCUUGAAAAACAAACACUUGCAGUAGGAACCAUGGGGAAUGCAUGGUUAACAUGUGAAAGGUAUGCUGUGGAAAACACUGCACAUACAUACAGACUGCAGUGUAGAUCAGAUAAGCCAUGUCAGGAGUUCUUGUCAGUGCCAUCAACAUCUUCUCUAUGUCGCCUUUUCCCUUGUGAGCACAGCUCUACACCAUACCUUGACAUUCCUAGACAGAGAAAAGGAAGACAACAUUGGGUUUGUUACACUGUUAUGUUGUCAGUUUGGAGCUCUUUGGGGGAAUGGAGAAAUACGAGGGGGUGGCAUAAAAGAGUAGAAAGUGGGAGAAAUGGAAAGAUGACAGAAAGAAAGAAAGUACCAUACUUUCAGCAGUAUUGUAGAAAUGUACUAGCCAAGUGUUUUCACUGCCUUCAUUGUGGUCUGGAAGCUGUCCAUGGGGAUUUGUCUGGGGUCAGGUCAAUGCUAAUGGCGCAAAAUUACAUUUGAAGCAAUUAGAUCAGCUCCAAGGAUCAUAUAUCUUAGUGACAACAGAUCGUGUAAUAUUUGGACUGUCUGUGCUAAGCCAAGCGAUGCUAGCAGAUCAGGGUAUGCUAAGCAGUGUUAGCAGGGAAAUCACAUUCCUGGAAUAAGACAACAGGAAGGGGAGGCAUGAUGCCUGUUCUGUGAAGAUAAGCACUCCGUUCAACUUUCUGCUCCACAAAUGUGUCUGUGCAACUUUUGAUAAUGCAAUAAUGCACAACCAAUACUCCAUGAAACUCACUAAUUGGCAUGGCAGGAAAAUCUGCUGGGCUUAGCCAGAGAGAGGUUCCAGACUACAUUUUGCAGUGAAAACAGAACUUUCAGGAUAUAGACUGGCAGUGCCAGGCUAGGAUUUAAAGUAUUAGUAGGUGAAUUGUAAAGUUAGGUAGGGGAUGGAAGAGAAAGUGCCUUUAUGAUGCAGUAUGUGGUGUAGAGAGGUUUAGAGGAACAUUUUUGCAACAUGUUUACUUUUUGUUUUGAAUUGUAAAAAGUUUUGGUCCAGUGGCUGUAUUGACAAUAGGGAUGGUCACAGUAGGUUCAUUAUGUCUCUGAGUGAAGAGUUCCUGUUGGCAUUGAGAAUAACUACAACAGUGGGCACCUGUGAAAGACACAUACACACACACACACACACACACACACACACACACACACACACACACAUAGUCCUCUCAGACACAGUUCACAUCCCCUGUUUUUAGUUUGUGUGUGUGUGUGUAUGCAUGUGAGGGCGUGUGACAGAGAGAGGCUGCAACAGCAGUAACAGUAUGGCUGGAGUAGGUUGCCCGUCAUGAUGACGUAACCCUGAACAUGCGACUCGUCAUGUAUCUCCAAAUCAGGUGUUACAGAGAGAUCUAUACAAAUACUUUUACCUGACAGCAUGACUGAUGCCUGUAGACUGCCAUGUUUAUGAGUGUGGGGUGGGGUGGUUGGUUGUUGAGGAUUAUUUUACUGCUGGCUGUGCAACAAAUUGCUCCUUGGGGAUAAUAAAGAUGUCCUUACCUUAUCUCAUCACCUGCCACUAAAUCAUUUCACCUGCUGUGACUGCAUCCCAGUUUUUGGUACAGCUAACUUACUGAUGGGACCUUUGAGGUGACUCAAAGUUUAUAAAUGAACCAAUGUCACCUUUGUACACAUAGCACAGAGAUCAGAGAUUUAUAAUUUUCUUUACUUUCUGUUUACAAACUUGUCUAGAAAAAAUAGGUUAGAUCAAUGAACAAGCGAAGGUGGAUAUGAAUGAAAAAAGACAAAGGAUGCAAGAAGGGAAAAGUGUAAAAGAAGAAAAAAGUAUGUCAGAGAAAUGAAAUUGACGAUGUCGAGGAAGAAAAUAAUUGGUCUUCAAUGACCUGGGUUUCAGCUGUACAACAUUCUGUUAUGACACCAGCACUGCUAUUUUCUGCUUGAUUUUUGACACACUGUACCGUCUUUCGUGUGUAUGUGUGUUUGUGUAUGUGAGCGGUAUGUUUGUUUGUGUAUGUGAGUGUGCGUGUAUGUUUGUGUGUGUUCGUGUGUGUGAAACCAUUUUUCCUUGACUCUUAUUGAACUUAUGAAUCUUUCUCAGGCGGUCAAUGAAACACCCUGUCUCUGAAUCUUUUAUGGCGCUUUGAAUAAAAAAAUAUGUUAUAA